UGCCAUCCGUGUCCUGCUUGGGGUCGAGUGCAGUGGCUGGGUCAAGGUCAGGGAGGAGGCCAUUAAGAUGUGCUGUGGGGCCGGAGAUGGGUGGCUCCAUGUCUGUCAGCAGAAUACAGGCCAUGUGCUGCUUGAAACAAGCCACCUGUCAGUGGACAAAGGACAAAGACAGAAACACAGACCAGCAUGUCAAGUUCUUCUGACACCCUACAGUUUUGUUUCCCCACCCACGGUGACUCCAUCCUGAGCAAAAUCAAUACUCUAAGAGAGGAGCAGCGCUUCUGUGAUAUCACUCUCCUCCUUGGGGGUCCGCAAAGCGCCACUGUCCAGCAGCCUCUCCUCUUCCACGGUCACAGAGCAGUGCUCGCAGCGUCCUCAGACUUCCUACGUGACCAAUUCCUGCUCCACGAAGGCCGGGCUGAGCUCAGCUUGGGUAUAGUUUCCAGUGUUGAGGUUGGCAAGAGACUUCUCCUGUCCUGCUACACCGGGCUCUUAGAGGUCCCUCUGAGAGAAGUGGUGAGCUACCUGACUGCUGCCAGUGCCCUCCAGAUGAGUCAGGUGGUGGAGAAGUGUGCCCAGGCUGUCUCCCAGUAUCUCAGUCCCACACUGGCUUCCUUGAAACUGGAGAGACAUUCAGAGAAGGAAAUCCAGCAGCCUGACAAUGAUUGGCCAAAUACCAGCUUCAAAAAUCAGGAGGAAAGGGAUGUAGCCCAGCCCAGCAACAGCAUCCAGGAAGCAAGUUUCAAGGAAGGAGGGGCGGUUGAGAUUCAGUCCAAGUCAAGGUUCAGCCAAGGACUCAAACAAGCCAUCCUAUCAAGUUCCCAGAACCAAGAUGAAGAAGCAGAGGAGGAGCAAAGAGAAGAGGAAGAAGUGUUAUUGCUGGAAGCUCCACUGCAUGAAUGUGGAGAGCUGAUGGACUCCAAUCUGUUUCGCCUCUCUGGAGCACAUCUACCAAAGAGUCAUUGUUCUAGAGAUGAGCUGACAGAAGAUUCAGACAUCAUAUUGGUCCAGAGGCCGUACCUUUGCAGGAGGUGUGACAGAGUCUUCCAGCACCUGGAGAGCUAUGUGGGUCACCUGAAGAAGCACAGAGAGUACUUGUGUUUGGUCUGCGAGAAAGGCUUUUCCCAGAGGAGUAACCUGACCCGCCACAUACGCCUCCACACUGACGUCAAGCCUUUUCGAUGCCCGCUGUGCCACAAGACAUUUUCCCAGAAGGCCACGCUGCAAGACCACCUCAAUCUACACACAGGGGAUAAGCCCCAUGAAUGUAAAUAUUGUGCUGUGCACUUUGCACACAAGCCAAGUCUUAGGCGCCACCUGAAGGAUAUUCAUGGUAAGAGUAGCCUGCAAAAUAUGUUUGAGGAGGCUGUACACUGAUGAUAAAUAAGCAGUUUCUAUAUUACUUUGAGAAUAUGUCAAAUAUGGUAGCAGGAAGGACAUUAAGCUACAGUUGACCUUGACUUAGAGUUUAAUAAAGAUAAGGUAUUUCAAUUAAAACAUUUAUUUUUUGUAUUUAAAAGAUUUAUUUUAAGUCAGCAAAAUCUCAAAGUGGAAAUGAUCUCACUUUCCACAACACCAGUGUCUCCCAUCGCACUGAGGGAGAAUCGUUGAGUUAAUGCAU